ACGUGCUGACGCUAAUUGUAUAUGAGCGCGAGCGGCGGGCUCUCGGGUCUUUUUUAGCGCCAUCUGCUCGCGGCGCCGCCUCCUGCUCCUCCUGCCGCCGCCCUGAGUCACUGCCUGCGCAGCUCCGGCCGCCUGGCUCCCCGUGCUCGCCACCGGUACUUGGUCUUCAUACAACAUGGCAGACAUUGACAACAAAGAACAGUCUGAACUUGAUCAAGAUUUGGAUGAUGUUGAAGAAGUAGAAGAGGAAGAAACUGGUGAAGAAACAAAAAUCAAAGCGCGUCAACUGACUGUUCAGAUGAUGCAAAAUCCUCAGAUUCUUGCAGCUCUUCAAGAAAGACUUGAUGGUCUGGUAGAAACACCAACAGGAUACAUUGAAAGCUUGCCUAGGGUAGUUAAAAGACGGGUGAAUGCUCUCAAAAACCUUCAAGUUAAAUGUGCACAGAUAGAAGCCAAAUUUUAUGAGGAAGUUCAUGAUCUUGAAAGAAAGUAUGCUGUUCUCUAUCAGCCUCUAUUUGAUAAGCGAUUUGAGAUUAUUAAUGCAAUUUAUGAACCUACGGAAGAAGAAUGUGAAUGGAAACCAGAUGAGGAAGAUGAGAUUUCGGAGGAGCUGAAAGAAAAGGCCAAGAUUGAAGAUGAGAAAAAAGAUGAAGAAAAAGAAGACCCCAAGGGAAUUCCUGAAUUUUGGUUGACUGUUUUUAAGAAUGUUGACUUGCUCAGUGAUAUGGUUCAGGAACAUGAUGAACCUAUUCUGAAGCACUUGAAAGAUAUUAAAGUGAAGUUCUCAGACGCUGGCCAGCCUAUGAGUUUUGUCUUAGAAUUUCACUUUGAACCCAAUGAAUAUUUCACAAAUGAAGUGUUGACAAAGACAUACAGAAUGAGGUCAGAACCAGAUGAUUCUGAUCCCUUUUCUUUUGAUGGACCAGAAAUUAUGGGCUGUACAGGGUGCCAGAUAGAUUGGAAAAAAGGGAAGAACGUUACUUUGAAAACCAUUAAGAAGAAGCAGAAACACAAGGGACGUGGGACAGUUCGUACUGUGACCAAAACAGUCUCUAAUGACUCUUUCUUUAAUUUUUUUGCCCCCCCUGAAGUUCCUGAGAGUGGAGAUCUGGAUGAUGAUGCUGAAGCUAUUCUUGCCGCAGACUUUGAAAUCGGUCACUUUUUACGUGAGCGCAUAAUUCCAAGAUCAGUGUUGUACUUCACUGGAGAAGCCAUCGAAGAUGAUGAUGAUGAUUAUGAUGAAGAAGGUGAAGAAGCGGAUGAGGAAGGGGAAGAAGAAGGAGAUGAGGAAAAUGAUCCAGACUAUGACCCAAAGAAGGAUCAAAACCCAGCAGAGUGCAAGCAGCAGUGAAGCAGGAUGUAUGUGGCCUUGAGGAUAACCUGCACUGGUCUACCUUCUGCUUCCCUGGAAAGGAUGAAUUUACAUCAUUUGACAAGCCUAUUUCAAGUUUUUUGUUGUUUGUGUGUUUGCUUGUUUUUGUUUUUGCAGCCUAAAAUAAAAAUGUCAAAUAUAA